AUGCAAAUUAUGGAACUAUUAUCCCAUAUUGGAAUUUAUCCAUCAACUCUGAACUUAACUUUAACAAAUAAAUUUAAAGGUUUUUUAUUAAUUUGGGUGUUUAUUAAAUUUAUCUUGGUUAAUGGCUGGGUUAAUCUACAUUUAUUUUUAUGGAAUUGGGUUUCAAAUUGGAUUGGUUUCAAAUGGGUUAUAACAAUCACAUAUAAUAUUAAAUUAAUUAUAUCACUGUGGUUUUGGCAAUCAUUAAUUUAUUUAAUUAAUAAAAGAAAAAUUAAAAUUAUAAUUAGUGGAUUAGAUUUAAAUAAUGAUUUAGAAAAAUUGAAAAUAUUAAAUGAAUCAAAUUGUUUAUGUUUAAGUAAUCAUAGAUCAUUAUUUGAUUUUAUAUUAAUUUAUUAUAUCAAGACUUUAGUUGCCAAAAAAUCAAAUCAUGCUGCCAAUAAUGGUAAUACAACAUUAGAUUCAAUUGAUUUAAAUUUUAUAAAUUGGAAUUCUAUAUGGAGAAUUCCUUCUUUACAUACAAUUUGGAAUUUUUUAACAAAUGAUGAAAAUUGGGUUAUACAACCAAAUCAAUUAGAAUUACAAUUGAACCAAAUUAUAAAUCAGAAUAAUGAAUUAACUGAUUUAAAAUCAAAUUGGUUUAUUCAUUUCCCCGAAGUUAAUAUUAUAAAUGAUUAUUCACUUGCUUUACAAAAUCAACAACUGGAUCAAUAUUUAAUUCCAAAAUUAAAUGAAACUUUAUAUCCAAGAUUUAAAAAUUUUAAUAAUAUAGUAUCCACUAUAACCAAGAUUAAUAACAACACAGCUUCAAGUUCAUCAAAUCAAUUUAAAAAUUUAAUUGAUUUUUCAAUAGUUUACUACAAUCCUUUACAAAAUAAUUUUAAAAAUCCAAAUUUAUUUGAAAUAUUAACUUUAAAACAACCUUUCUUUAUUAUAAAUAUUGAUAUUAAAUUUAAAUUAAUAUCAAAAUUACCCUUAAGGGAGAAAAAAUUAGAAAAAUGGCUUGAACAUCUUUGGUUAGAAAAAGAUAAAACUAUUGAAAUGAUGCAAAAACAAUUGAAAAUUAAUGAAUAA